CAAUCAUAUACAAUAUGAUUUAAAAGGAAAAAAAUCAAGAACAACACAAAAUAAUAUAAGAGAAAUUGAAGAAAACUCCGAAAUACAAGGAAAACAAAAAUUUACAGAGGGAACAAGAGAGUAUACACACAUAGGAAGUUAAUUCAAUUCAAACGCAUUCUCUGCAAAUUAUUAUUGUGAAUUUUAAAAGAGCAUCAAGUACAUAAUCUCUUCUUUUUACAAUUUUUAUUUUAGAGUUGCUCUUAUACAUUUUGUAUAAUUACAAUCAAACAUAUAGUUCUAAUGAUGUUCGUUCAUCUGUUACAUCAUACUUAAAAUGUAAGAAAUUAAAAAAAUUGUGUAGGUGGAUUGGUAGCUUAUCUACCAAUAUUUCAAUAAUUUAUUCAGUUACAGAAGAGAUCCAAAAAGAAAUAUUUAAAAUCAAGUUUUCAUUUAUUAAAAAUUAUUGAAAAAACGAAACAACAAAAAUGAAUGAAAUAUAAAAAAAGAGAAAAAAAAAUAAUAUUGCUUUUUCAGUGUAUUACAAGAAUAUUUAAAAAAAAGAAAUAAUUUCAAUCAAAGAUACCUGAAAUAUUCAUUUACAUUUUAAAAAUUUCAAAUAAUCAAAAUUAAAUAAAAUGUAUCCAAAUACGAAUAAUAAAUUUUCACCGAUGCGACCACCAUCACCGACAACAUUUGUUAAUUUUUCACCACCAACUGAUUAUCCUAUAUCAUCAUCGUCAACAGUUAUUGGUGGUGGUUCAUCGAAUAUGACAGCAAUUUCAUCAAAAAAUCCAAAUUCAAUGCCAAUAAAUGGACCAAAUAAAUCGAAAUCAUCAUUGAAUCAUUUAAAUCAAAAUAAUUUAAUAUCAAAUCAAAUGGCCGGUGUACAUAAUUAUCCAACAAAUAAUGAUCAUCAUUUGCAUCAUCAACAUUUUCAACAGCAGCAACAAUUACAGCAACAACAACAUUUACAACAAAUACAGCAGCAGCAACAGCAACAACAACAACAGCAACAAUUUCAUCAUCUUAAUACAACAGAAGCUUUAAAUCAUUCAAUGUCAUCAUCAUCGUCAUCAUCAAAGCACAGUAAUCAACAUUUGACCAAAAAUAAAAUUAAUCAUAAUAAUAUUAAUACAAAUGUUGGUAAUAGUAAUAGUACGAGUGGUGGUACAAAUAGUGGAUUUAUUGAUGGUCGUAUGGUACAAUCAGCAACAAUGGGUGGCCGAUUUAGUAAUGAGGAUUUUUUUUAUAAUGAUGAAAUUGAUAGUAUAGAAUUUUGUAGAACAACAACAAAUAAUGAUAAUUUAAUGUUAAAUAGUAAUGAUGAUUGUAAUUCAGUAAAUUUUAUGGGAGCAGCAACAACAAUAAAUAGUUGUCCUGGUAGUUCAUUUACAGAACGUAGAAGACGUGGUCACAGUAGUCGAAGAAGUAAUCAUAAAUUAGAAGUUGAACAGCAGGUUAAAUGGACUCGUAAAAAUAUCGCCGCUACAAUGGAACGUUUUGAACCGACACCACAGAAACUUGAUUAUGGUGCAACAUCAACAACACCACCAUUACAAUCAUCACAAUCAGUUCAAUUGCAAUUACAGACUACACCGAAUUAUGAACAUAAUCCAGUAAAUCAUGUCUACUCAUAUGCUUAUUAUGAACCUGGUGCAGCAAAAUGUCAUACUAAUAUACCACCAAAAGAUUUUAAUCCUCAGCCACUAGUCGGUUCAUCAAUUAAUCAAAUAUCUACGACAUCAAUUGCAUCAACAUCAUCAUCAUCUUCAUCAGUUGGUUUAGGUGGUAGUAUUGGUUCAAAUAAUACUAGUCCUUUUGCUGUGAAUAUGGGUGCAUCAACAUCAUCCGGUAUUAGAAAUUCAAAUCCAGGUCCUUCAAAAAGUCCACCACGUAACUCAAUAAGGGCAUUAUUAGCAAAAAGUUUUCGCUCAAAAACAUCAAGUAGUAAUAAUACAAGCCAUCAUAGUCAAUCACCAAUACAUAAUGCAACAGAUGAUCGACAUAAUUAUACGACACGUUAUGGUACCACAGAAAAUUUAUAUGAAGAAGUUAAUGAUCAAAAAAUACGUAAAGUAUUAUCAGAUAAUCGUAUAGUUUCAAUAAAUUCACCAACAGUUAAAGAAGAACUUCGUCGAGUGCAACAUAAUCAUUUUAGAGUUUUAGAUGAAUUAAAUUUAUCAUUGGAAGCAUUAAUAAUGCCACAAACACCACCAGAUGUUAGUCCAACUGUUGAAGAAAAAGUAUCACAUGCUAGUAGCAUGGAAAAUUUAUCUAGUACACUUAAUUCAAUUGAAUUAAAAGAUCAUACAUGUAUUAAUCCGGAAUUUGAUGAAGGUGAUUUAGAUAGUGGUUUUAGUGGUAGCGGUAGUAGUAGUGGUGCUAGUUAUAAUGAAAGUUUAAGAUAUUAUAAAACUACUGGUGUUGGUAGUAAUGUUAUACAAACAACAACAUUACCACAUAAUAUUCGAAGUUGUCGAAAUUCAACAGCUUCUGGUACAUCAACAUCAAAAAGUAGUAUGAAUUCAGAUGAUCAUGGUAUAAUUGGUUUAUCAGGAAUAUCAAAUGGUGCUAAUAAUAAUUCAUCUAAUGUUAAUGUAGGUGCAUCAUCAUCGUCAUCAUCAUCACCACCAUUUAAUUUUAUACGACGUUGUUCAGAUUCACAAAGAUCAUCUGGUUCAGUAAUUGCAUGCAGUAAUAAUAGUAGUAAUAUUAUUAGUGGAACAAAAGGUAAAAAAAGUUUUUGGACUAUAAAACAGUGAUGUAUUACGCUAAUUGAAUAUACCUGCCAAAAAUGGUCCGUUUUACUGGAAUACCAACGUAAAUUCUCAACAAAUUCAAUACUUUAUUAUCAAAUAAAACCAUUGAAUGUAUUUCAAGAUACAGAGGUAUCAUCUGCCAUUAUAUUAAAUAUGUAUUGAAUUCCUAUAAAAACACCCACUAUACAAGAUACAAAAUCACAAGGAUUUGAAAAAAAUUUUCAAAAAAAAUCAAAUGAAUCUCUUAAAUAUUAUUUGUAGAUACACGUAACUUGUAAAUCAAUGGAAUUCGGAAAAAAAAACACAAAAAUAAAUGCCAUCCGAAAAUAAUGCAUUU